AUGGAAGGAAGGAUUCAGGAAACUCUGCAGUACAUUGGGGAAUUUCCCCAUGCCAAAAUUGCUACAGUUGCGCGAGAGUUUGGCGUUCCACGUGGGCGACUGCGUUACGGCCUCGAGGGUCGUACCGCACUCUCCGAUCGCCCACCAACUCACGCAAAGCUUACUGUCCCUGAAGAGAAGGCAUUAUGUCGCUAUAUUGAUCGUCUUGAUCGUAUCAAUCUUGCAGUGCGUACUGAGUUUGUUACUGAUGCGGCAAAUACAAUCUUGAAAGAGCGGUCUGGAGCGGGGGAAUCUCUGACAGUUGGGAAGAAGUGGACUGCACGCUUUCUGAAACGUCACAAGUAUAGUAAAAGGCUUCAAAAGAAGAUGCAUUCGGAUCGCCAGGCUUCUGAAGACCUAGAAAGGGUCAAUGCCUAUUUCCAACGACUCUCUACUAUCCUGAUUGAAGAGGGGAUUCCCAAGGCUCGAACCCACUACACUGGAUAG